UAAAACCGAGAUGAGGUACCUGACAAGGUAAAUCCGCUGUCGCAUCUCCGAUUAAUAUCAAUUAAAUAGACAUAAAUGGACACGACGUAACAUAUCAUACGUUUCAACAAAUCAUUGUUAUUUAACGUAUAUUUGUUAUACGUAUUAUAUUCAUUAUUGUUGGUAUCCACAUAAAAUGAACUUAUUCGAAUUAGUGCAAUGAGAAAAAUACGAGUGAGUAAGUGAAAGUGAUGGAGAUUCAGAAGAAAGUAAUAUCUCCGCUAAACGUUUAUUCCCCAAUGAUUUAUUAAUUUUUUCAUUAUAAUAAAGAGAAUAAAACGUUUAUGGUUUAACUCUCCAGAAAAUUGCAAAGAUGUUUUUUUCGUCUUCAAUACCAACGCACGAAGACUUUUUGAGAUGAUUCUUGGUAUAAAAUGUCAGUGGUUUUUUUGGUGAGGCAAUUUAUUUACUUUUCGUGGCACAGAUCGAACUUUUAGUUCGUCUCGAUUGUAAUACUGAUGGGAAAAGUUACACGAAAAUGUGAGUGAGAGUGAACUGAGUGAAGUUGUAGGAAACAGGAAGCAAAAGUGAAUACGUCAGUGAAGUCAUUGAGGGACGAGUUUUGUCACGCAUUGAUGUUUUGAGUAUCUCUCGGAUUUUAAUCAUCUUGCAAGAUAUUUUUUGGAGAACACUUCAUCUAAAAUGCCGAGAGCCUCCUCGUCGCUUCAACCUAUUGAAGAAUCCAACCCAACGAAAUCGAAUGCAGCACAUAAUGAAAUACAUGAUAAAGAUAGUCUGAAUGAGACGGGAAGUACAACUGGUGGAACAGUGGAGGGAAACCACUCUCGGAACGGAAUAAAUACUAGAAGUGAGCCAACAGCAGAAUCUGGUGAUCCACAUAUGACGAGAACUGGUGAAAGACCUAUUUCCACAACGGCACCACCUAAAUCCCUUCUGUCGAGGAUUCUCGCGAGAGCGAGAUCCCCGGAUCAUGAUCUCUUGGAUCAAUCAGAGCCAUUUUCCCAGUUAUGGAUUGUUCUCUCAAACGUCUACGGGGAGUUAAUAAUUGUUCUGAUGGUUGCACUAUGCCUCGUAGAAGUGAUCGACACACCAAUUACUCUAUUAAGCCUUCAGAGCGUUUUUCUAAUGUAUCUCUACGUUGGUAGCAUCAUUGUCAUCAUGAGUAUCUAUCUUUGGGUGCUGGUCGAUAGUUGCGGAAGUCUGGCGAAUUGCAGCGAUGACGCUGAACUUGGUACAGCAUCACUCACGCGAUUUGGUUCCCUCAAGAAAGCCCACAUAUCACGAUCUAAAACUGCAACCACGAGCUUCUAUAUCCGUGUUGGUGCACUGCUUUUUGGUCUCGCCACUCUAGUUUUUAAUGGUCUGGAAAUGGCAAUGCACUCAAUGAUGCAGGGGGUUGAGUGUCUCAAUGAUGUCGUCUUCGUACAUCCUGUACUUCAUGGGCUUUUCACCUUUCUACAAAUGCAUUUUUUAUUUGUUAAUUCACAGGUCUUGGUGGAACGUUUUGGAUUAGUUGCUCGAUUUGGAUUUAUUCAUCUGGCAGCAACAAACAUUGCUGUUUGGGCAAGACUAAUCAUCUGGAAUUCCGCACAGGAGUGGACAUAUUUUGUCCACUUAGCGCAAAAGGACUCUGAAAAUACCUCAUCGUCUUUAAAUAUACACGCCUUACCCGGAUCCUUAACUAGACACGUUCGUGAUAUUUUUAAGAGACAAACAGCAUCAGAAAUAAGUCUCCCACCACAGCGAUUUCCCUACCAGCCAAUUUCAGAUGAUCAAAUCUCCCAAGUAGUGACUUUACAAGAAUGUCUGAAUGCAAACACCCUCGGUCAGCUAUGGAUUUCCAGUACGCCCUUUCUCUAUCCUUUCAUCGUGCAAUUCAGUCUAAUAGCAGCAGCAGUGACAUUCGUAAUGGGUAGGAACGUAGGAAAAACGCGCUACACCCACAAGCAGCAGAAAUUCCACAGCAUGAAGGAGAUGACAAACCACACAAGGAUAGGAUGCGAUAGUUCAUCCAAGGGUCUUUUCCUUGGUAUUCUCAGUAUGAGUGCUGGCAUCGUGGUUAUACUAAUUUUUCUCGUUGUGAGAGAAGAUGAUAACUUCCCACCAGCAACACUCUCAUGGCUAACCACUGGCACUUUAAUUGGAAUUCUUGCGUUGAGUGGAAUGAUGACCAUCAGUGGCCUUGUGCAAGUCAGACAAAUGUCCAUAGUCUCAAGGAUUCCCCCGUCACAUGACAAUAUUUUGUCCAAUCUUUCCCUCUUUGGAGUUCAGCUUUACUGCGUUUUUACGAUUGUUGUGUGUUCCUGUGCGUUAGCCAGUAAGAAAAUUGAUGAUCAAAUUGAUGAUGACACCAGGGGUAGAUACGUUAUGCUUUUAACGGCAUCAGUACUUCAAUUGAUUCAAUCGUUUGCUCAAAGUACACUUAUUGCGGAAGCUUCGCGGAGAUCCUGCAUCACGCGUUAUCAAAUGAUGACUAAACCCUCCAGACAAGUUAUCACAUUCUUACUGUUCAGUAAUGCUGUCCUCUGGGCAUUCGAUACCGUUAUUACGCAAAAUUGGAUAACGCAGGAGCUGCAGUUGAGAUUCUUCGGAGUUCUUGCCUGGGGUAUUGUAUCGAGGAUAUGUCUACCACUGCUCAUAUUUUAUAGGUUUCACAGUUGUGUACUGUUGCUGGAGGCGUGGAGCAAGUGCUAUAGAACACCCAGGGGCCAUUUGACGAUUAACUGACGACACGUGAUGCCCAGGCAUGACAAGUGUAGAAGACGUGAAGAAUCACCACGCCGCAAUCGUCACAAAAGAAAACAGGGAAAAAUCCACGCGAAAACCGUUACCGAGUAUCCAUUACUCGAUGAAUCCAUAAAUUAUCUUAUUUAUAAUAGUAAAUAUGAUGGGGUACACUGCUUUGACCCUCGGAUGGAUGCAGGAUCUUGGUUGUACGUCGAUACGAAUCCGGUCAUGACUUUAAUAGCGUCAGCAUCGAAACCUCAAACUCAUCAGCAUCAUUCUCAUCAUCUUGGUUAUCACAACUGUCCCUCACGUUGUGUUUUCAACCACCGAAGAUGCAUCAAUCCAGAUAAUGAUGCCACCGUUGGCCAGUACGUUAAAAAACCUAUCGGCAAAGAAAUUGGGGGUCUCGAUGAGACUGAACCAAGGACAUCGACCUUUAGAAAAGUGCCAUGGCACCCAAAUCUUCAUAUGCUUAAAAUAAGACAACCUUAAUUUUACCAUUUCCUAUUCAACUUGACUUUUUUUUUACAAUAUUAUCAUUAUUUCCUUUUAUUCUCUGUCUAUCGGCGUAUUUUCCUCAUUCUUCCUUAGUAACAAAAGUAGGAGUCAAUGAAAAAGUAAGACAAUGAAAAAGAAAGUCAUGUACAGUUGAAAUUCUAAGCGAAACGUGCAAUAUUACUUCUAGACUUUUUCCUAAUAACUAGAUGCAGAUAUAGCCAGCCAUGCUGAUUGUACAGUUAUAUUCUAAGGUUGAGAUAUUUUAUGGUCACUUUUAUAUCUUAACAGUGAGUUUUCUGUGGGCAGUGGAACACUCACUCAAUUAAUUUCUAUUCACAUUAUUAAUGUAUUUAUUCCAUGUUCUGUUUUCUUUCGAUUAAAUAAACCUAUGAUUAUUGUUCGAUUAAUUUUGUUUUAAACAUGGUUUUAUUUUGAAUAUGUUGGUUCAUGGUGAAAGAUACAUAUUAUAUCUUAAGUAAGAGCACUCCGUAUUAAAAAAAGAUUCUCUCCUUUUAGUCGGUCAUCACUGUUCGGAGUGCUGAUUAUUAAUGCUAAAAGUUAUACCCGCUCUCCCACUCUCUUUUUAUAAAAGUAAUAGAAUACAAUGUGUCCUUGUAUCAAUCUUCGCAAAAGUACAAAUGAACUCGUCGAUAUAUACAUUAGUAUAUGGAUGGUAAACAAUUUCAUACAUAUUCAAUGUUUAAUCGUAUUUCAUCAUUACGAUUUAAGCAGUAAUUAUCCCGGGAAUGGUAAGUAGACAGCAUUAGAAGGAAUUAAUAAAAAAAAAACAAUGCUUUGCGACAAUGAACUUGAGUGAAA